UCAAAAGAGGAUAAGCCCCCCUCGUCCCUCUGAAGCGAAAACAGCGAGAGAGAAAAAUUCAACGUUUGAAUGGAUUCUCUCUCUUUCCUCAACACAAUCCCUUUCUCCUCCGCUCUUAAACCCCCUCCUCCUCGCUCCAAACCUCACCCUCUCCAUCCCAAACUCAUCCCCCUCUCAGCUCCCUUCAGUACUCUAACCCCUCCCGGAGCCUUGAAGAGCCCUCGAGGCUUCGGCCCUCCCACGUCCAAAAGAGCCAAAACCCGAAAGAAAACCCAGACCAACAAGGACGACGACGACGACGACGAAGACGAGGACGACGUGGCGAUCCCCGAAGUAGUAACGAACAGAAUGAUGAAGAGAAUGGGGCUCUCGGUGGGGAUCCCACUGUCGGUAGGACUUCUGUUCUUCCCUUUCUUUUACUACCUCAAGGUGGUGGCCAGAGUCGACGUGCCGAGCUGGGUCCCCUUCGUCGUGUCGUUCGUCUUCUUCGGCAGCGCUGGAGUCAGCUACGGGAUCGUGUCGGCGAGCUGGGACCCGCUGCGGGAGGGGUCGCUGCUCGGGUGGAAUGAGGCCAGGAGGAACUGGCCCGUGUUCUGGGAGUCCCUCCGGGGUGGUGGAGGGGGAAGGAAGGAGUGACGACGACAUUCAUUGAGAUGCAUCGUGCGUCGAAGUCUCUCUGUUGUUUUUUAAUUAAUGCUGGGUGGCGUGCUCUUGAGGUUUCUGAAGGGGUGAAAAGGAUUUUGAUGGGUGAACUCUGUGAGCUGGUCUCGUGGAGAGUAGUGAGGGGUUCGGUUCUCUCUAUUUCUGUUUAUAAGUCAGAACUGCAUUAAUCCUGGUUCGGACAGGAGUAGUAGCGCGAGUCGUGUUGCUAAUCUUGUAUCGAUUCGGUAUUUAUCAGACGCACGUACUGUCGUUUCUGCCGCAGUUAAAAACUAAAUCUUGAUUCCGACAAAUCUCUAGGGGGAAAGGAUAGCCACAUGCGUAUGAAUGUACACGUACGAAGUUGUAAGGUAUUAUAUAUUGUCAUGUUUAUCUACUGCGAAUAAAUAAUGUCUAGAAACCAA